AUGCCAGUUGAAUUCUUAGCUAGUGUUCUUUUUGAUGGGCCACAGGUUAUACCUUAUUGGGAGCAAAUAAAACAAUAUGGGCCUACACUAAUACCCAUUGCCACCACUGUCGCUUUAGGAAAAUACUAUUUCCGCGGAGCAACCAAUACAUGGGAACGCGAUUUGCAUGGGAAAGUAUACAUGAUUACUGGUGGUACGUCUGGUAUUGGUGCAGUGAUUGCGCAUGAGUUGGCUAUGAAAGGUGCACAACUAAUUAUUCUUACCAGAAGAACUGAUGAUCUGUGGGUGGCGGAAUAUAUUGAUGAUUUGCGUGAUCAAACUUCCAACCCAUUGAUUUACGCCGAGCAGUGUGAUUUAAACUCACUUUACUCGGUUAGAAAAUUUGCAACUAAAUGGUUGGAUAACGCAACACCUAGACGAUUGGAUGGUGUUAUUUGCUGUGCAGCUGAAGCCAUUCCUAGAAAUAUUCCUCGUCAAAUCACUGUUGAUGGAGUUGAAAAACAAAUGGGAAUCAACUAUUUAGGCCAUUUCCAUCUACUCACUCUAUUAGAACCAAGCUUGAAACUGCAACCUCCUGAUAGAGAUGUGCGAGUAUUGAUUGCCACUUGUUCAUCACAAAGCUUGGGAGAGAUUGAUUUACAGGAUUUGUUGUGGGAGCAGAAACAAUAUCCCACAAGUCAGCCAUGGAAGGUUUACGGUAGCUCGAAAUUACUAUUGGGUGUCUUUGCGAAGCAGUAUCAAAAGCGAUUGAUGGAGUAUGAACGUAAGGAUAAAGCACCAUGCAAUAUCCGUAUAAAUUUGGUAAAUCCUGGGUUAGUGAGAACUCCAUCGACAAGGAGAUUCAUUUCAAUGGGAACAAUCUGGGGAUUGUUGCUUUACUUGAUCACCUUCCCCGUUUGGUGGUUGUUUUUGAAAAGUGUCUAUCAAGGAGCGCAAACUUUUUACUUUGGAUUAUAUGCACCUGUGUUGAUGAAGAUGGAAGGAGGGUGCUUGUUGCAAGAGUGUAAAAUCAUGACUAAAAUUAGAAAAGAAAUAGAUGACAAAGAGUUGCAGGAAAAAGUAUAUCACAAUACUACUGAAUUGAUUAAGAAGCUCGAAGUGCAGUCUGCAAUUGAACGUAAAAAGAAUAAGACCGAAGAAGAGAUCCAACAGGAGAAAGAGGCAGAGUUGAAAAGGAAAAGGGAUGUCAAUAUCCAACCCAAGACUACUGAAGAACUAAAUCAGAAAUUGAAUACCUUGAGAAGUCAAAUUGGUAUUGGAGGUGGGUCUUCUGUUAGUAACAACGAAAAUGGGAUGCCUUUGUUUCCAGAAGAGUCUGAUUUGGAAAACUUGAAAAACAACAGCAGCAGUAAGAAUAGAACUGAUGGUAAGAAGUCACUGAAGAAGAAAAGUAAAGGAAAGAAGUAG